AUGGCAGUGGAGGCUUUGACUGAAUGUGCCCCGUUAGGUGGAAGGUUCGGAACCACAGUUGGGACCAUGCAGAAACAAGAGAAGGAGGAGGAAAUUCUUGAGGCCAUUCGUAACUUCCUGAAGACAUAUGAGGACAUCGUUGUGUGCAUCAGUGGGCACUGGUACAGCAUUGAGGACGACGAUUACAACAUGUACCACGACUAUUACACGAACAUCUCGGCAAACGAUCCUGACGAAGAAGACCGAGCCGAGUGCCACGGCCCCAAAGACAGGCCGAGGUUUUCUGGCCAUUGGAAGCUACACGCCACGCGAGCCGCCCGGCACCACAGGCAACAUGGGCGGUCAGCGGCCCUACCUCCCUCCAUCACCGCUGCACAGAAGAAGGCGAUCCGCUGCCGAAAGGCCCAGGCGAGCGCAGAGAGCUACCAGGAUUUCACAUCUGCGAAACGAUGGGCUGGCAAGGUCGUGGAAGAGGGGAGGAAGCUGAAGAACAACCUGACCACUUGA